AUGCGCCGAGCUGCGCUUGCAUCGUUCGUGCUGCAGUCACUAACCCUAGGCACGAACGCUGUUCCAAGUACCGAGCCAGAUGCAUACGUAUCUCGGGUGGAUGCGCGCGCCUUUGGAGACUCGUCAUUUGACUACGUUGUUGUCGGCGGCGGUACUGGCGGAAAUGUCAUUGCCACCCGGCUGGCACAGAAGUCAUUGAAAGUGGCCCUGGUAGAGGCAGGUGGACUGUAUGAAUUGGAAUCGGUAGCUGCAGUUCCCGCUGCAGACGUUCUUCCUGUUGGAUCGGAUCCCAAUACCAAAGCUCUCCAUGACUGGGGGUUUGUGGCGGAGAAGGUCCCCGGUGCGAAUGGGAGAUCGAUACAUUAUGCGCGAGGAAAAUGCUUAGGUGGCUCAUCCGCUAUGAACUUCAUGAUUUACCAACGACCGACGCGUGAAUCAAUGGAACAGUGGGCAACGGCCGUCAAUGACAGCAGCUACACCUUCGACCAGGUCCUGCCUUAUUAUAAGAAAAGUGUCCGCUUCACACCACCAAACACGAAGAUCCGCUUCGCGAAUGCAACGACUGGUUUCGACGCAGCCGCGUAUGAGUCCCAAGGCGGUCCUCUCGAAGUAUCAUACGCGAACUACGCGAUGCCUUUUUCAACCUGGAUGAGCCGCGGAAUGGAGGCUAUCGGCAUCAACCAGACCCAAGAAUUCAAUCUCGGGUCUUUAAUGGGCGCUCAGUACUGCGCUUCGACCAUCAGCCCGCAGAACGAGCUCCGGAGCAGCUCCCAGAGCGCAUUCCUGGCAUCCAUAAAAACGCCUUCCCUAACCACGUAUUCGAAUACCCUGGCGAAGCAGGUGCUGUUUGACAAGAAUAAAAAGGCCACGGGAGUUCGGGUCAAGGGCCCGCUGGGCAAUAUAUUUACCCUGAGCGCAAAGAAAGUGAUUAUUUCUGCAGGUGCUUUUCAAUCUCCGCAGCUCUUGAUGGUCUCUGGCAUCGGACCAAAAGAUAUACUAGACCAACACAAUAUUGAAGUACUUGCUAAUCGACCAGGUGUUGGACAGAAUAUGUGGGACCAUCCGUUCUUUGCACCGUCAUACCGGGUUACUGUGGAUACAUUCACUAGGAUCGCGACGAACCUGCUAAACCUCGUCAAAGACUUUCUGAACUCCUCCAUUAUGAAGAGUGGGCCUCUGACGAACCCGGUGGCGGAUUAUUUGGCGUGGGAGAAGAUCCCUGACAGCCUGCGGACUAAAUUCACAAGCCAGACGCUGAAGGACUUGGCCACUUUUACGAGUGAUUGGCCAGAGGCUGAGUACAUCUCCGGCGCAGGCUAUAUGGGUGCCGUCUCCAACCUCCUGACAGACCAACCCAAAGACGGAUACCAGUACGCUUCCAUGCUGGGUGUGCUGAUCACCCCUACGUCGCGAGGAAAUGUCACCCUGAAAUCGGCCGAUACAUCCGACCUACCCAUCAUCAACCCCAACUGGCUCGAUACCAAGUCUGAUCAGGAAGUAGCAGUGGCAAUGUUCAAGCGGAUCCGCCAAGCAUUCCAGAGCGAAGCCAUGGCACCGGCUGUCAUAGGAGAAGAGUAUAACCCCGGGAACCGCGUGCAAACCGACGAACAGAUCCUGGAAUACAUCAAAAAUAAUGUGAUGACACUCUGGCACGCCGCCUGUACCUGCAAGAUGGGUACCGCCGACGAUGAAAUGGCGGUGGUGGACAAUCAGGCCCGGGUGUAUGGCGUUGAGGGUGUUCGUGUUGUGGAUGCUUCUGCGUUCCCGUUCCUCCCUCCGGGCCAUCCUCAGUCGACGGUUUAUAUGUUGGCGGAGAAGAUCUCUGAUAUUAUCAUUAACGGAUCGAGUUGA